CUUACUAAAUUUCUAAAUUGUUGAAUUUCCAAAUUUCUAAAUUGUAAUAUAAUAUAAUAUAGUUUUUAAAUGUAAGUAUGCCACCUGUAUCAAUUGGUCAUAAUUGUUCUACCUAAUUACGCCAAUGUGAAAGUGCACAGUCGAGUUACUCGGGUGGCCAAAUUCAGAAUAAUCUGUUCCUAUACCAUUUUUCGAAGAUAAAUAAAAUUCGUCGAAUAAAAUGCUGGUCGAACUGCUUGAAUAGCGAAUGAAGAGAUUAGGUUAAACGAAGACCGUGGGGAAUAGAGGAGCAAUUAGCUUGAAUUGUCCCUUGGAAGCAUAUCAGUUUUGGUCUGUUCAUUUGACGACGUUAUCCGACUUGAAGAUAUUGUGAAUUUGCAUCGAGCCACCCUGUAUAAGUUUAAGAAUUGAUUUUUGUAAAGAGGUAAUAAAUAUUUACCGAGAUAAUUAACUUUAGCUUAAAAGAAAAAAAGACAAAUGGAAAAAAGAAGCGAGAACUGAAGAAACGAGAGAAAAAAGAAGGAGCAAAAGAAAAAAAUGAAUAUACGUCCUUUGCAUAGCGGUUUGGAUUAGAAGUCGACGAAAUGGGAAAUAAUAACGGAACUAAACUUUAUUUUUGCAGUUAUUUCAGUCUAUAAUAUCGAUUCGUACGAUUCUAUCGAUUUUGCGUCUUCAACUUUGAUAUUGCAACAAUAACGAAGAGUCCGAUUAUAUACAUGUACUAUAAAGUGCAAUAUCGAUGCAUACUCGUGUAUACGCCUACACGUAACGCUGUUUAGUUUUCGAUCUUACGUUCAACGUUUGUCGAAGCAUAAGACAAAGCGAUUUCACGCUCAAAUCAAAGUUCUUUCCGAUAUCGCUACAUUUUUCUGUGAAUCGUACGUACCCAAUGUUGAUUAACGAUAAUUGAAUCAUUCGACGAAGAUGCUGACUUUGUAAGAAACAAUCGCUAAGUGGAAUUAGUUAGUGUCGGAAUUCGAUAUUACAUACAUAAAAACAAUGACAUUUUAUAACGUCCAUCGGGUUGAAGAGAACAGAUAGAAAUGACGGGUAAAGAAAUACAAUUCGGUUUAGGCAAACUCGAUAGAUUAUUUCUUUUCUUUUUUUUUACUUUUAACUGUAGGAUCGGAAACUACACGUUUGCCAUAGAACGUUUCUAUGACCGUUCUUCGACGAGUAGAAAAGUUACUAACCGGAGGAUUAAACUAAUUCCCCCGUCUCCCUCUAUCUCCAUCACACAAGGAUUUUCUCCUCGCCACUCACAAAUUUUAUCGCAUUAUUACACUCCGUGAAAAGAACGUAUUGUGUUUGUGGAUAUAUGUAAUUUUACUUAUCAAUAAAUAAAUUACAAUGAUUUACUUGGAUAUUCACUUCGUUACACCAAACUACAGCACCCUGAUACUUUAUUUAUUGACAGUUCACUUCGAAAGUUAGUUCGUCUUUCAUAUUUCAGUUGACACAGAAACAAAGUUAUUUUUGAAUAAUCAUUGGCUAUUCUAUAUUUCAUCUGAACUUAAUUUAUUAAUUACCAGGAGUAGAAAUAUAUUAUUCUGGAGACACUUUUUGUUGUAAACAAACAUCUAAAUAUAACAGCCUUGCAAUCUCGAUCGAUCCCCUUCUCGAUUCCAGUAGAUAUCGUAUUAAAAUAAUUUAUUAUCAGGAAGAGCACAGCAGAAUUCAUAUACACAGCUUUUAACGUUAAUGAGUUAAAACAUCUGGAGAUAUUAUAUGUAAUACUUUAUACUUUUAUGAGUCAUUAACACUUGAUAUAAACAUAUGGUGAAAAAAAGUAUGAUUACAGCAAAAAUCUGAGACGAUAAAAUUCUUGUGAAAAUAUUACCAUUUCUUCGUGUCAGAUAUCUCUCAUUAAUUUAUCCAACGCGUUCGUUGCUUAACGCGUAACAGUCGCAAUCGCAAGAUUGAAAACUGUUGUUCGUUGUUCAUUUCCAUCAAUCUAUCAGAAUUGUUAAAAAGUUGUCCCGCAUUAUUUUAAUUCGGCUAACGAUUAUUACCAUUAUUAGCAGAUUAAAGAUUAUACAUAUGUCUGCGCGUAAUGUUUAUGACAGUAAUACAGUGAUAUUGAUCCAAAAAACAACAUGGCAACUACAAUGGAGAUCUAAGAAAUGUCAAAUCCAAAAUAAAAACCGAUUUGUAACAUAUACAUAUAUAGUGUCUGCAAAAUAAUUAGUAUAAACAUGCAUUAUGUAGUAUAAUUUGGCAAUUUCGAAUAACUUGUUUUACAGUUAUUCUUUUUACUUAAAUAUUUGACUAAAGACUCAUCGCUAAAUGACUGAACAAGAGUCAGCUCAAAUGUCGCUCGAUGAUGAUUUUGAUAAACCUUUUGAAAAUUUAGAGCCCCUACCAUGGGGUGCAUUGAGGGAAUUAUGUCAUGCCAACGAACAGUAUUUUAUGCCACACCAAGAUGAAAAUGGUGUUAGGAUCAGAGCUGCGCUUUUAGCAAUAUUAGAUCAUUUAGCGCAAAUGCAACCUCUGUAUAAACACAUUAGUAAAAUUGCACCAAUGUACGAUUUUGAUGUACAGACACCUGCUAAUGGAUAUAGAAGUUUUUUAAUUUUAAUAGAUAAAUGUAUUGCUCAUUCGCGUUCAAUUUGUCAUCAAAUAUAUUGUCAAAAAGAUUCUAUGUUUUUUCGUAAAAGUUAUCAUAUGAGGGAAAUAGAAGCAUGUUCGCAAUUGUUAGCAUCAUUGUGUACUUGCUUAGAACAUUUACAAACUCUUUCCUCAUGGAGUGAGAAAGCAAAUGAUGGAAAUCUGUCUCUGUUUAUAGGGGAUAGGCAUAGUCCUCGUGAAAUUUUAAGUAAAGUAGAUAGUAUUAAUCAGUAUUGUUUCUAUGGCAGAUGUUUAGGAUUUCAGUUUCAUGAAAGCUUAAAACCUAUUAUAAAAGCCAUAAUGGUUUGUAUGGCAACAUUUAGUGAGGCAUUCUACGCUAACGGUACAUUAUUAUCACGUUGUGCUAAUUCUGUUAAAUACAUGUUAGAUCCUGAAGCAAGAGCACGUCGUAUUGUUGAUAUUUCUCAACAUGCUGAUAUAUCAUUUUGUCAAGCUUUCUGGUUUCUGAAUGAAAAUGAUAUAACACGCCGAUUGCCGACUAUAACAGCACCUUUGGCAAUAAAUCAAAUAAUUUCUAUUCCACCUGAGGGAUUAACGAUUACUGCAUUGGAUGGAACAACUGUGCAAAUUCCAGUACCAAAUAGUCAUAUUGGGAAGAAACCAAUACACGUUAGAUUGUUAAGCGCUAAACGUCGUUUAGGAAUGGUUGGUUCAGGUGGAGUAGGAGGUGAACUACACAAAGCAUCAGAUGAAUUGAUAAUUCACUGUCAUGGUGGAGGUUUCGUAGCGCAAACAUCACUGUCUCAUGAAACAUACUUACGUGGUUGGGCUAUAAAUCUUGAUAUACCAAUCUUAAGUAUAGACUACAGUUUGGCGCCUGAAGCUCCAUUUCCUCGUGCAUUUGAAGAAGUAUUAUAUGCAUAUGCAUGGGCUUUAAAUCAUGCAAACACAUUGCUUGGAAGUACUGCACAAAAAAUACUUCUUGCUGGAGACUCUGCUGGUGCUAAUUUAAAUUUAGGAAUUACUUUGAAAUGCAUACAAUUAAAUAUUAGAAAACCCGACGGUAUAUUUAUGGCAUACACACCGGUGCUUGUUGAUUUUGUGUUAUCACCGUCGCGAUUACUUUGUCUCACAGAUCCACUAUUACCUAUGGGAUUUCUUAUACGUUGCUUAAAAGCAUACACCAUUUCAGACAACAAAAAAGUUACACGAGAGAAGGAACACGAUGUUGUCGAGAAUACUAAAUCGGAUACAGAAUCUUUCGCUGAAGUAAGUGAAAGCGAUUUAAUAGCAUUAGCUCUUAGUCCAAAUGGGGAUGAAACAAAUGAUGCGCACAAGUUAGCAUCUUUACCAUCUGACUCUACCUUAAAUUCUGUUAGUUUAACAGAAGUUGAUGCAACAGAACAUUUACGGGAGGAAGUAAAAUCUCAAGAAUAUAUUAAAAAAUUUUUAGGAAUGUAUCGAAAUUCUGGUGCAAAUACACCGGCAUAUGUAGGAAAUGGUACUGUUAACGCGGAAAAUAAUAUUUCAACAAAUGGUAGAUCGUGGUCCUUUUUUGGUUGGUCUCUUAGUGGAAGGCAUGGAGAAUCUAGAGAACUUGAUAUAGAAAAUCUGAAAAGUCCUUUGGAAGAAUUUGAAUUUUCAGUACCUAAAGAUCCAUUUUUAAGUCCUUAUCUUGCAUCAGAUAGUCUUUUAGCACAACUACCACCUAUUGCAAUGAUGACGUUGGAGCUUGAUCCGUGUUUAGAUGAUUCUGUUAUGUUUGCAAGAAAACUUCGAUUUCUUGGUGUAUUAGUUACGCUAGAUGUAUUGCCAGGCUUACCGCACGGAUUUUUAAAUUUAUCACCGGUUUCAAAAGAAGCGAGUGAAGGAUCAGAUUUAUGUGUGAAGAGAAUGCGGGAUCUACUAGCAUCAUAAUUACAUGCAUUUAGCAAAUAUUCAUUUAACUAUGCAUGUUAAUAUAUGGGAACAAAAGAAAGUUUCUUUGCUAUUAUUGUUUUUACAGAUAUUAAAUUAUAAUUGAUUGUUUA